AUGGCUUUGACGGUGUCGGGUUUGAAGAUUGCUGCGGUAGGAUUAACGCAGCGUGCAUGUCGCCCAACGCUUUUACAAGCGGCCAAAUAUUCAUGGGAACCGAAAGAAGUUGAAACUCAUACCGGUCAGAAAUGGGAAAAAGACGAUUAUCGUUUGUCGCGUUUCAUUGACAAAGAGAAAGAAGUGAACAAGUCGUUUGCCAUUGAUCUCAUCUCACAAGUACCGCCUAAGCCGUGUACUGAGCGUGUUGUAUAUUGCGAUGGUGGUGGCGGACCACUGGGUCACCCAAAAGUCUACAUAAAUUUGGACAAACCAGGGAAUCACGCUUGCGGAUAUUGUGGCUUACGGUUUGUCAAGAAGGAUAGUCAUUAA